GUCCUCGGGCACUAUGUAGCUAGAGAGAGAGACAGAUGGCCGGACAGAGAGACAGAUCAUUGAAGAUAUUUAGUCCCUCUCUGAUAGUCUCCAUGCUAAUAUCAAUACGCCCCCCUCUGCAGAUACCUCCACCCCUUCUAUUAACCCCUUGUCCCCUGCAUACCUGGCUGCCAUAGCUCCUGCUUACAGCAUUGUUUGCAAAGAGGAUAUGGGGCUUGAUCCUCCCACUGACUUCACCCAGGCAUGGAAGCCUGCUCCAGGCUCUCCGGUGAUGCAGAGGGUGUGGAUGUUCUGAUUUACCAUGAAUAACGCACGUCAGGAGGCCAUUCCCUGCCUGUGCCCACGCGCUGGCUGUACAUGCUGAGGCAAGGCGAACCAAGUGUGCAUUGCUCCAGCGAGCAGGAAGGCUGUGUGACACGGACACUUUGAAGGCACCGGCAUGGCCGAUCAGUUGACGGAGGGGCAGAUCGCAGAGUUCAAAGAAGCCUUCGCCCUCUUUGACAAGGAUGGGGAUGGGUCCAUCACCACCAGCGAGCUGGGGACCAUCAUGAGGUCGCUGGGGCAGAAUCCCACUGAGGCUGAGCUGCAAGACAUGAUUGGUGAGUUGGACGCCGAUGGCAGUGGCACAGUGGACUUCCCUGAAUUCCUGUCCAUGAUGGCGAGGAAGAUGAGGGACACGGACAGCGAGGAGGAGAUCCGGGAAGCCUUCCGGGUGUUUGACAGGGACAAGAACGGCUACAUCAGUGCGGCGGAGCUCCGGCAUGUCAUGACCAACCUGGGUGAGAAGCUGACGGACGAGGAGGUGGACGAGAUGAUCAAGGAGGCAGACAGCAACAGCGAUGGGCAAGUCAACUACGAGGAGUUUGUACGGAUGAUGACAGAGAAGACUUUGCAAGUCAAUGGGACUGGUCGUGUGGUUAAAAUUAAGCCGGGAUGUUUGCAGAGCGGGGUCUAUAAGGACCUCUCCUCCAUGAAUUUCGGCGUGGCCGGCCAGCUGGUGGAGGAGCAGAUCGCAGAGUUCAAAGAAGCCUUCUCGUUCUUUGACAAAGAUGGUGAUGGGGCCAUCACCACUGGUGAACUGGGGACCGUCAUGCGGUCACUGGGGCAGAACCCCACUGAGGCUGAGCUGCAAGACAUGAUCAGUGAGUUGGACACUGAACGCAGCAGCACAAUUGACUUCCCCGAAUUCCUGUCCAUGAUGGCGAGGAAGAUGAGGGACAUGGACAGCGAGGAGGAGAUCCGGGAAGCCUUCCAGAUCUUUGACGAGGAUGGGAUCGGCUACAUCAGCGCCGCGGAGCUCCAGCACAUCAUGACCAACCUUGGUGAGAAGCUGACGGACGAGGAGGUGGACAAGAUGAUCAAGGAGGCCAAUGCAGAUGGCAACGGGCAAGUCAACUACAAGGAGUUUGUGAGGAUGAUGGCUUCAAAAUGA